GGUUUUCUUCUUCAUCUCUCUUGUCUAUCUAUUCCUUUAUUUUCACGUUCUUCUUUCUACAGUUCCUUCGCUGGUAAGAACGGACGGUGCCACACCCAAUUCGACCCGAUUAGGCCGGCAGCAAUCCAACUUCAGACCCGAAACGCCGGUAUUCAGCUACUACGGUUUGCCGUUGCGGUUUUCUGCCCAAUGGGCUCCCAAUCUGGUUCUUGAAGCUGCGACGGACCGGUUCCUUGGUUUUCCAAUUUGGACUACAGUUUAGGGUUAGGGUUUUCUAUUUGGAGCAUUGCCUGCCGAGGGAAUUUGGAAGUUUGUUCAAUUCUAGGGUUUUCUUGGCUCGAUUUGAUACGGGAAAGAUAGGUGGGGUUAGAGGAUAAUGUGUAUAUUGUGUGUGAUUCAAAAGUGGUCUCGCCGGGUUGCUACGAUGCUGCCUUGGUUAGUUAUUCCUCUUAUAGGACUAUGGGCUCUCUCUCAACUUCUGCCACCAGCUUUUAGAUUUGAGAUUACCUCUCCAAGAUUGGCUUGUGUUUUUGUGCUUUUGGUUACUCUUUUCUGGUACGAGAUUUUGAUGCCUCAGCUAUCAACUUGGCGGGCGCGGAGAAAUGCCCGUCUUAGGGAGAGAAAGAGGUUUGAAGCUAUUGAAUUGCAGAAGCUUCGGAAAACAGCUACACGGCGUUGCCGUAACUGCUUAACUCCCUAUAGGGAUCAGAAUCCAGGUGGGGGUAGGUUCAUGUGCUCCUAUUGUGGACACAUUUCCAAGAGACCGGUUUUGGACUUGCCUGUGCCACCUGGGUUGGGAAUUUCGAAUUCUGGAAUUAUCAAAGAUCUUGUUGGGAAGGGUGGAAGGAUAUUUAAUGGAAAAGGUUGGACUGAGAAUGGGUGGACAUGCGGGCAGGAUUGGUUGGAAAAUGGCAACUGGGUUGGUGGGCCUAUUUCAGGGAAGUCUAGUUACUUGAGAAGGAAUGGGAUUUUUGGAGGAGAUGACCAUUGUUUGGCUGAGAAAUCUUAUUCUGGUGUUGUAAUUUUUGCAUGUAAGCUGCUGACAUCAUUUUUCUUCAGUAUUAGGUGGCUUUGGAGAAAGAUUUUUAGGGUCAGUUCAUCAGGGGAUGAAUCUUCAUCUGACGCAGGGCAGAGGGGGAUCCUGACUAAAAGAGGUGAGAAUGGAGCAAAUUUUCAUGAAAGUAGAGGUGAGAAAGCACGCAGAAAAGCUGAGGAGAAGAGACAGGCUAGGUUGGAGAAAGAGCUUUUGGAGGAGGAAGAAAAAAAGCAAAGAGAGGAGGUUGCAAGGUUGGUGGAGGAACGGAGAAGAUUGAGGGAUGAAAAGAUGGAAGCUGAAAAGGAUCGUAGUAAAUCAUCACCACCUGCCAAAGAGAAAGAUAGCAAGAAGGAAGCUGAAAAAAGGCGUCAAGAAAGAAGAAAAGAGAAAGACAAGGGUUCUAGUAAGAGCAAUUCUGAUGUUGAGGAGCUUGAAAAGAGAGCAGGCAAGGAAACUGAUCGGAAGCGUGAGCUUGACAAGAAGAAUGAGAUGGAUCGUCGAGAACAAAAACAUGGGGCUGAUCAUGCCAAAGUCCAGUGCACGGAAGUUGGACAUGGUCAUGGAAUGAAGAACAGUUCUACAAUUAAUGUUAGUAAGGGAAAUACUACCAAUAGGUACCUUGAUCGUAUGAGGGGUACAUUUUUGUCGUCUUCUAAGGCUUUUGGUGGAGGUAGUUUCUUUGGAAAGGGUGUUAACACUCCUAUUACUGUUACAAAAGAAAACAAGUCCAACAGUUCUGUAGAUCAUACCCAUACUUCUAUACAGAGAAGAGAUCAGUUUCCACAUGAUCGUGUACCUGGAAAAUCAUUUAUGAAUGGAGAUGACAAGAAUGUCAGUCGUCCUGUGCUCUCUGAGCCUCAACCAAGGGCCGCACCUAAAAAGUCGUGGCAACAGCUAUUUACCCGCUCAUCAUCUAUUCCUGCAUCCUCUAAUGUAAAUGUUAUUAGUAGACCAAAUUCUAAGGUUCAAGCAGAUGCGCAGGGUUCAAAACUACCGGGUCAUGUGUCAUCGAUGCAAACAUUUGAUAAUCCAAUCAAUUUUGGGCUGCCAUCUCCAUUUACUUUAUCUACCCACUCAAGUGGGUCCAUCAGCAGUACUUUAGGUUUCUCACCUGUGAUUGAACCCAUUUUUCCCCGUGUUGCAGAAGGGUCUCAUGAAUUUAUACCUGAAGAGCCUGAGCUUUUUGAAGACCCCUGUUAUGUUCCUGAUCCAGUGUCCUUACUGGGACCUGUUUCAGAGUCACUUGACAAUUUUCAGUUGGACUUGGGGGCUGGUUUUGGGGCAAACAUGGGACUAGAAAGGCCUCUUGGUCUGAAGAAUGUUUCUGCUGCUUCUGAAAUCAGCAAGCCAUCACCGAUUGAGUCUCCAUUGUCACGAUUACGCACUGCUGAUGAGAAGCAUAAUAGUCCUAAUUGGUUUUCAGGUACCCCGAAGAGCCAAGAUGUGCAUGUUUUUCCUGUGGAUGAUUCCAACGUAAAUGAGAAGGGGACAUGGCAGAUGUGGAGCAGUUCUCCACUUGGUCAGGACAGUCUUGGCUUGGUGGGUGGUCAAGCAAGCUGGCUUUUACCUGCAGGACAGAACAGAUCGAACAAGGAAGAUUUUGUACACCAACCUGCUCAAAAAAAUAUGGUGUCUCUAUUUACAAAUGAGGAUCCACUGCUUCCAAAUGCACAAUCUCCUGGGAAGGCUUUCCCUGGCAAUGGUCGGAAUGGAGGGAAAUUCAGUCCUGUUGCUACUUCAAGUGAGCAUGAUCCGUGGUUGCAGAAUGCAUUCUUCCCACCGUGUCUAGCAGCAAUAGCCGCCUCCCUCUCAAACUAGAGGAAAGUAGCCAGAAUGAAAUUGUGUAUGGGAGUCCUGGAGGAUCUGCUACUGACCACUCAUUUGAGCUGUCCCCUGGAGCUUGGGCCAACCAAGGGGAAUGGGCUGCGCAUGGUUCAUCUGAAGGUGUUAGAAUGCCAUCUGCUGUAAUGCCCUUGGCUGGCGGUAGAAUUCCUAAUCCAGAUGUACAGUCACUUUGGUGAUUUGAAUGAAAAAGGAAAAGUGACAGUUUGAGGGACCUAAAAUUACACCUGUUCUCAAGAGGCAAACAGCCUCUCCUUUGGGGAGAGUUUAGAAAUACUGAACGCAUUGUAUCUUCCUUCUCUUCUUUAUGAGGGAGAUUGAUGUUUACUUA